AGGGCUCAAUAACAGAUACAGAGAAAUGAAAUUCUCAGAAAUGCUACCAGUCACCUCAGGGUCAGUUACACGUGAGUUUAUUCACAUGUGUGUGGACUUCAUGCACCUAAAAGGAAUGGUGACUCUCAAGAUGAAGAUGUUCCUCAAGUCGUCAACUCUUCUGAGGAUCCUUUUGUAAAAAAAAACAAAUAAGGGAGUGAUUUGGGAAACAUCCCCAAUUUAGGGAGCAGCAGCUUGCAGAAAAACCAACAAAAAGAAGCAAGCGUGAGAUAUCAGCAGAGGAAAGGAGAAAUGGUUCUUGGCAGGCAGCAAACGGACGCCUCUGUGCAGGACCCCAGAGGCCCCCAGUGGACCGGGAGCCGUAGGGUGGACUGGUGCCCACCACUUGUGCUCAACCUGGCCAUGGCGCUACAGCAUGUGUUAGUGCAGUGUUCGCUGCUGGUGCUGACGGUGGGGAUGCUCCAGUGUCGUCUCCAGUGGACGGUGGCCCAGCGGGGUCAGCACCUGGCCUCUCUGCUCUUCUCCUCGGCCCUCGCCACUCUCCUGCACACAUGCACGGGCUCCUGCUUGCCACUGAUGCAGGCUCCGUCCUUGGAGAUGCUGGUCCCUGCCCUGGUCCUGCUCUCUGCUAAGACAGGGAACGAAGAGGACUGCAGGGGGCAGUAUAGCGAGACGGAGAGGUGUGACGCCCAGGGCAGUGCAGAGAGAGAGCUCCAGGGCAUGGUGGUGGUAGCUGGACUGCUGCAGGUGUGUGUGGGGGUGUGUGGGCUGGGCGGUGUGUGUCUGCGGCGCUGUGGACCGUUGGUGCUGGCUCCGCUGCUGUGCGUGCUCGGCCUGUCCAUCUACAGGGAGGCCGCGCUGCUGUGCUCUGACCACUGGGGAUUCGCAGCUCUGGCAGUAUUCCUCAUGGUGAUUCUCUCUCAGCAUCUGCGUUCCGUCUCCUUCUCUGCCCUUCCUGAUUUUGUACAAUUCCCAUUCUAUAGCAUGUUGUCUGUGCUGCUCCCCGUGCUGAUUGUGUGGGGUGUGUGUGUUCUGCUGGAGUUCUCGGGGCAUUUGCAGCUUCAUACACUCUCUGACCUGUUACCUGACCCGGGAGUCCAAAACGAGACCGCUCCACGCCUGCUCAACGACACACACACACACACAGUUCUCUCCUCAGGACCAUCUCUCAAACACUCCGGAACACUUCCCUGGAUCAGCCUCCCACACACAGGCGUGUGGCGCCCCCUGCUGUCUGGACGUGCUACUGCAGCUGGUGUGGCGGCGGCACUGGGCUCCUGUUGCAGCUCCAUGGCCGUGUACUGCCUGAGCUCUCGGUUCCUGGGGGCCCCUCAGCCCCCCGCGCACGCCUGCAACCGCGGCCUCCUCUCCGAGGGCCUCGCCACCCUGACCUCUGCCCUGCUGGGGUCAACGCUAGGGGUCGUCAGCAGCACGGCCAAUGUCUGCACCCUCGAGCUGAGCCAGUGUGGCUCUAGGAGGACGGUGCAGCUGGCGGCCAUCUUGGGACUGCUGUUGGGACUGUCCCCCAGACUAACAGUCCUCCUGUCCUCCAUCCCACUCGUCAUUUAUGGUGCUAUUCUGUGUGUGACCUAUGCUGUUGCCACAGCAACAGGGGUGACAUAUUUCCAGUACGGGCACAUGGACUCUGGACGGAACAUCUUCAACAUCGGGUUCACCACGUUCAUGGCCCUGGUUCUACCACGCUGGUUCCGUCUACAACCUGACGUUCUGUCUAUAGGGCAGUCAAGUGCUAAUGUGUUCCUGCUGUCCGUGCUGACCUCACCCAUGUUGCUGAUCUUCCUCAUGGCCUUCCUCCUGGAGAACUCUGUCUCUGGUAGUCUAGCAGAGAGAGGCCUGACCAGGGUGGAGGGAAAGAGGGGGGAAACUGUGCUUGUCCUCUCCGACGGGAGACAGAACCACGACGAGAGAGACGCCACGUAUGAACCUCCCUAUGUGGUCAGGAGACUGCUGGCGAUGCCUACCUGAGGGUCGUCCCUUUCUAUGCCUGCAGGCUCCCAGACAGACAAGAAGUGGCCACACCCAUGCAGGAAAUGACUAAUUUACUGGCUGUGUGAUGAUGUAAUGGGAAGAUGGUAUGGGGAGGGGCUUUUAAGGGAGAAAGACAACUGUAAGAUAGAGAAGUGUGGAAGAAACAGAAAUGUAAGUGCAUUACUGUGAGCCUCUGUAUGAACGGAAGUGCAUUACUGUGAGCCUCUGUAUGAACGGAAGUGCAUUACUGUGAGCCUCUGUAUGAACGGAAACACAGGUAUUCAACAGUAUGCAUACAUUAGAGGGGUGGGGGGUGGUAAAUGUUCUUGUGCAGAAGAUAUCUAUUAUUUAUUAUUCUCAGAUCCAUCCAAGCUUGAAGUAGCUGGGUUUCCCAUUAGCCAAUCAACAAAGCAGAUUUAUAGAUGUUUCUUUUUAUUUAUUUCUUUAUACAUUUCUUAAAUGUUCAUCUAACCCCCCACGAGUAUAGCCUGCAGAACUAAGCAAUGCCUAAUGGAACUCACAUGAAAAUAAAAUCAAGUCUCAGUGUGCAGUACAACACUUGUUAACUCACCAUCUACAUGCUCACAUAUUUUUUCUUUCUUUCUUUCUUUCUUUCUUUAUUUUGUUGUCUUUAUAGUUUCUUCCCUGUUGUGUAGAUUCUAUGUUGUAAAUUCUGCUCAAACAAGCCAACACAUCUCAGUCACUUUGUUACAAUACUAUGCUAAUCAGAAGGUGACCCAAGCCUGCAUGGGGGAACUUGGACAUGCUGUAUCACCCUAUGGCCAGAAGAUGGCAAUAAUGAGUGAGAAAGUAAUGAUUUUAGGAGGACUACUACACACAUAUAGAAUAAUGAAAAACUGUGUUCCCCUGGACAUUCUAACAUUUAGUUUCUAGGCCAAAACACUUUUGUCUAAUUCAGUGAAUUUGGGUGCACGCAAACAAAGGGACAUAAACUUAUAUUUCAAAGGACAGUGUAACAGCAAUGAAAAAGGUGGUUUUAACAGUUGAGUAUGGUGUAACAUUACGUGAAGAUCCUGAGUUGCUUUGUCACUAUAAAAAGUGCAGUUCCUAAUUCACUGUUUGCAAAUAACUGUGUUUAUAGAUAUGUGUCUAUGUAGAAAUACUUUACUUGCAAAUAGAAACACCAAACGCUU